AUGCCGCACUCUGCGUGCUAUCCUCUCGCCCUUCGCGCGUGUCUUCCCUGUCAGUUCCGUCGUUCGUUAUCAUCCGCUUCUCGUCCACCUCUCCGUCCUCGUCGCCGUGCGCUGUCCCGCUCAACAUCCUCGUCCCUUCCCCCGCUCGCCCGCCCCAUCCCCCCUUUCCUCCCCUUCCUCCCCCCCCCUCCCCCGCAGUUCGACGACAUGGUGUGGCUCGAGUUCGGCGCCGACGAUCACAUCGUGCCCGCGGAUGCCGCCAACGCCCACGGGGACUGGUCGGCGGAGAUGGGGUGCGCGGAGGAAAGGGGCGCACGGCCGGAUGGGGAAGGAUUGGGGGCAAGCGGAGACAGGCGGUCGGUUCGCGAGAUGGAAACUGACGGGGCGCUCGGGGAGUGGAUGGCGGAGGCCGGGGGCGCACCCGGGCGGGACGUGGCGCAGAGGGGAGAGGAGGGCGCGCGGAAGGCGGGUAAAGGGGAAGCGGCGGACGAUUUUGCGUUGCAGCAGUGCGCGGAAAGGGAGGGCGGAGCGGGGCGAAGCGGGACAGGCUACGGAUAUGGUUACGGGAUGGGUUACGGGCAUGGGGAGUUCGGCGGUGGCAUAGGGGGGGGGGGCGGGGACGAGGGCGCGGUGAUGCGGAUGAUGGACGCGCACAUGCGCGCCAACAUGGGCAUGGAUGCGCGCGGUGGCGCUAGGGGCAUGAGCAUGGGCAUGGGCAUGGGCAUGGGGAUGGGGAUGGGGAUGGGGAUGCAGCAGAGCGAGGUGCGCGACGGAGGGGGGGACGCGCGCGUUGCGGAAGACGCGGACAUGGGGGAAGGGGGAGAGGAAGGGGCGGGGGAGAGGGAGAGGGCGUGCGAUGGAGGCGAGAGAGGGGCGAGUGGCGGCGGACGGGGCGGCGAGGCGGAGGGGGCUGCGGCAGUGGAGGCGGGCGGCGCAGUGGGGUGGAGUGGCGGGGAGUCAGCGGCGGAACACAGCGGCUUCGCCGUCCGCCCACUCCCGUUAGUGCCCCGCCCCCCUCUUAUUCACUCCCCACCCUUCCUCCCAAACAACUCCCGUUGCUUCUUCUCCUGUUCCCCCCCUCCCCAGUUCGCCCCCACGUCAUCUGCUCUUCGCUUCAACGUUCUGAUUCCUUCGUCUCCCUUUCUCCCUUCCCUUUCCGCCUCCCGCCGUUCCCGUCUCCCCCAUCUCAGGGCAUCGGCGCUCCCUUCCGGCUGUGGGGGAAGCAUGGAGGAGCGGGCGGAGGGGAAUGCGGAGGGGAUGGCGGAGAGGGGUGGGGAGGGCGCAGGAGGGGUGAUGGCGGAGGGAGAGGGUGGCUUCUUAAACAGCAGCACGGGGGAGAAGGGGGGCGGAGGGGGGGACAGCGGAGAUGCACACGUGGGGGCGAGCGAGGGAGUGAGGGGGGAGGAGCGAGGCGCGGAGCAGGGUGGGGCGGAUUGGGCGAGGGAGAGCGCGGGCGCACACGAGGGGCGCGCAGGCGACAGGCGCGAGGGUGACGAGGAUGAGGGGCAGGCAGAGGGGAAGGGGAAGGACGAACGAGCAGGAGGAGCAGCAGAGGCAGUGGCAGCGAUGGGUGGAGGCAUACGGAGUGGUGUGAGCGAUGCGUGCACUCACCUCACACCACCAGUCCGCACACUCCACGCUCACCCAUGCAUUCCAACGCCCCACUCACUUGCGGCACUCCCUUCCCUGAACCACUCUCGUGCUGCCUUGACACACACUCAUACCACCCCCCACCCCCAUUGCCCCUCCCGCCUGCUGCCUGCUGUGCAGCACUUGGCGCGGCGGCGAGUGUUGGCGCGGCGGCGCAACGAGAGGGAGCAGCGCGCGCCCGCAGCAAGGAAGACCGCCCACUCCGCUGCUGCUGCUGCGCCCGCCGCCCGCCCCGCCACCACCCACCCGCACCUGCACACUCACUCGCAUUCGCACUCACACUGUGCGCCCCUGGCGUCCUCCUCGCCCACCGUGGCCUCCGCCCCCCCCCCUCUGCUGCGCCACUCCCUCAUCGCCUCCCCCUCCGCGCACCCCCCUUCCCCUUCCGUCUCCUCACUCCACCCUGCCCCUCUCCCGCGCUCUGUCCCCACGCCCUCCUCACUCCCAGCGCUGCCCUUCUUCCCCGCGCCCACGCCCUCACCCGCGCCCGCCCUGCCUGCCGCGUGCAUGCGGCCCCCCCACGUGCCCGCUGCGUUCCUCUCACCGCCACUGCCCGCCUCGCCUGCCGCCUUCGCCCUGCUCCGCCCCCACGCGCCCCCUGCUGCCCUGCUGGCGCGCGGCCUGGGGCAGGGGCAGCACCCCCUCGCCAUGGGGCAGCAGCAGCAGCAGCAGCAGCAGCAGCAAGAUCAGCGGGUGCUGGGGCGGCAGAUGCUGCUGUACCAUCAGCAGCAGGUGCAGCAGGGGGUGAGCGAGGAGCAGCAGGCGCGGCAGCAUGAGAGUGUGGUGCAGAAGCAGUGGGUGGAGCAGCACGAGCAAGCCAGGACGCACGAGGUGGAGACAGCACGGCUCGGCAGUGCCGGCACGAGCAGCGGCAAUUACAUGAGCGCCAGUGGCGGCAUCAUGUCGGGCAGCAUGGCAGGCAGCAUGAUGGGCGGUGCAACGCAUUUGCUUCCUGCCAGCCUUGCAGCCCGGCAGGCUGCAGUGUUGGUCCGCCCCCCUCCCCCGCCCCCACCCAAGUGGCCUGCUUCUGUGCCUGCCUCGCCCCUUCCACCGCCCUCCCAUCUGCCUCGCGCCUCCUCCGUUCCUUCUAGCACCCAUGCUUCCACCUCCACUGCCCCUCUCUCCACCUGUCCCUCCCCUUCUGUUGCCUCCACUCGCCUCUCACCCCGCGCCCUGCAACCUCCGUCCCCUGCUGCACCGCCUGCUGCUGCAACGCCGGCUCUAGCAGCAUCUGCCCUCACAGCGGCUGCGGCAGCUGCUGCCGCCAGUGCAGGCCCAGCAGCAGCAGCAGGGCGGGCAGGAGGGGCAGGUGGGGCGUGUGCAAUGACGCCAGCGGAGAAGAUAGAGAAGCUGCGGCGGCGGCAGCAGAUGAAGGCGGCUCAGAUGAAGGCGGCUCAGGUGCAGCUGGCGCUGGAGCAGCGGAAGCUGGCGCGCCUGCAUCACCUGCAUGCCGCCCACCACGCCCACCACGCCCACCACCUGCACGCCGCUCAGCAGCUAACUCACCUGCAGCACCUGCAGUUGCAGCAGCAGAUGGAGGCGCAGCAGCAAUUGCGCAGGUGCCCCCCGGCGUGGGCCCCACCUGACCUGGCAGCGGCUCGCCCUCUGGCCGUGGUGCUCAGCUCCAGCAACCUCGAGAGGUUCGCCACGUCAGCUUCCACGUCAGCUGCUGUAGGGGCAGGGCGAGACGGCAGUGGCGUGGUGGCAUCGUGUGGGGCGGGCGGGGGGCAGAGCAGGCAUGCAGUGGGCAAGGGUGAGGGCGCAGGGUACGUCGCGAGGGGGAGCGCGGGUGGAGCGGAAGGAGGAGGGUGUGGGGAGUGUGGGGAGGCUUCAGGCAAAGCGGAGGGGGGCAGCAGCAAGAGAGGGGGGGAGGAAGGGGAGGAGGGGUCGGUGGAGUGUGUGGUGCUGGGGCAGCUGGGCGACACCAUGAGCAAGUUGGACGUGGCCACGAGGCUGCUCAUCCGCGAUGCCUUGCUGCGCCUCGCCCACAGCGCCUCCCACCGCACCGCCGCUCCCCCCUCCCCGCCUGCCCCCCCGCUGCCUCCCCACUCGCCCUCCACCAACUCCGCCCUCUCCUCCCACACCCACUCCCUCUCCCUCACAUCCCCCUCCCUCCGCCGCCACUUGUCCGAACCUACACCUGUUGCCCACCGCCGAGCCUCACACACAGCUUCGGAAGCAUCAGUGGCACGGAACAGCAGUGGUGGGCAGCACUCCGCGGUGGAUGCCCAUGCCGCUCCGGAGAGCGCAGGGGAGGCGGGCACGAACGCGGUGGACAGGGCCAUUGCCAAUCUGCUCUUCCACCGCCCCUCGCCCCCCGCCCCUGCCCCGCCUGCCGCUGCCCCUGCUGCCACUGGGGUGCCCGCCAUGCCCCGCGCUGCCACCGCUCCAGGGGGCGUGCAGGGAGGUGCACGAGAGGCGGUGCUGGGAGGGGGGGGGGAUGGAGAAGGGCUGUGUGCAGCUCCUGCUGCCACUGCCGCCCCGCCCUGUGCUGCCAUGUCCACCCCACACUCUCACAGCGCCUUCUCACCCCGCCCUUCCCCCAUGCACAUCUCGUCGCCUCCCUCCCCCCCCGCCCCCCAAAGACACUCUCUCUGCUCGCCCAUCGCCACUACCUCCUCCUCUGCCCCCGCCCUCUCGCUCUCCCACUCCUGCGCCUCCCCCAUCCCCACCACGCCCACCACCCCCACCACCACCACUACUACCACCACCAGGGAUACCACCACCACCCUCCGUCCCCUCCCUGCUGGCUCCUCAUCCCUCUCCUCCCACCAGCAGCAGCAGCACCACCACCACCACCAACAACAACAACAACAACAGCAGCAGCUUGCCACGCUGAUGUGGCAGCCCCGUGGUUUGCCACCUGGCACACGCUGGUUACCAAGUCUAGCCAGGGCUGCUCCAGACGUCCCUAUGGCAGGCUCGGAGGCAGGUCUGGCCGAGACUGGGGGCAAGCUGGGCAUGGGUGAGGGCGGAGGCACGCAGGGUGGAGGAGCAGGGCGGCAGGUUGCAGGGGAGGGGAUGGGGGCAGCAGGAGAUUUUUCAGGUGGCGCCUGGCGAUGUAUCUCAGGUGUUGCUUCAGGUGUAUCUGACUCGUCGCUGCCAUCCAGGCUUCCGGCGCUGCCUCCCACUCUCUCAGCGUCAUCAGGGCGGCCAGGUGGCGUGCUGCCAUUGGUCCAUGGCGCGGGGGACGGCAGCAGUGGCGGCAGCAGCAGGGAGGCGCAGCAGGCAUUCAGUGAGAUGCUGUGCCGGCAGCAGCAGCAGCAGCCGCAGCAGCAGCAGCCGCCCUUCCAGGGCGCGCACACGGGAGCAGGGCAGCACUCUGCCAUGCACGCGGUGCUGGGAGGAGGUGCCACCAUGGGCGUGGGCAUGGGUACAGGCAUGGGAACGAGUAUGGGCAUGGAUAUGGGUAUGGGCAUGGGUGUGAGGAUGGGCGGGAGAGCAGACGGUAGCAUGGAGAUGGGGGUGGAGGGCAGUGUGGGUCUGAUGGGGUCAGGCAUGGCGGGCAUUGCAGGGGAGGCAUGGGGAAGAAUGGGGGGGAAGGCGUGGGGGGAUAAGGGAGGGGGAACAUGGGGGGCUGCCACGAGAGACAUUAGGGACAGCGGUUUGGGGAGAGGGGCAGAGCAAUGGGAGGGCUUAGGUGGAGUGGGGCAGGGGCGUGGGGGCACGUGGGGGGAGGGUAGCGGGGGAGGAGGCAUGGAAGCAGAUGUGGGGGGGGAGUUGGGAGCGGUGGUGAGGGGUGGGGUAUCUGUGCCUGUUGCAUCACCUUGGAUGGCCACUGCUGGCCGGGCUGCACUGCAGCAGCAGCAGCAACAACAACAACAACAACAACAACCACCACCACGGUACAGCGUGGGAUUGGUGGGGCGGGGGGAAGAAGGCACAAGUGUCCGAGGUGAAUAG